AUGGAUCCCGCUGAAAAUAGCGACACUGAGCUGGACUAUAUAGAGGACCCGGAGGAUGAGACCACGAUCUCUAAGAAAGCCGACCUCACCCCCGGGGGCGGCAUGAAAAGGGAAUAUGUUUCUAUACAUAGCUCCGGAUUUAGGGAUUUCCUCCUGAAACCGGAACUGCUCAGGUCAAUAGCUGACUGUGGAUUCGAACAUCCAUCACAAGUUCAGCACGAGUGCAUCCCUCAGGCAAUGCUAUCCAUGGAUGUGUUGUGUCAAGCCAAGUCUGGAAUGGGAAAGACAGCUGUGUUUGUAUUGUCAACUCUUCAACAGCUAGAACCCGUAGACGGCCAGGUUUCCGUCAUAGUUUUGGCUCACAUCCGAGAACUUGCCUUCCAAAUCGCAGACGACUACCGAAAGUUAUCUCGCCAUUUGAACAAUGUCAAGGUGGCUGUAUUUUUCGGAGGAAUUCCUAUCAAGCGCGAUGAAGAAGUUUUGUCAAAAAACUGCCCUCACAUUGUUAUAGGAACUCCCGGCCGUAUCUUAGCCCUGGUUCAGAAAGGAGCACUGAAGUUGGGAAGCAUCCGCCAUUUUGUCUUGGAUGAAUGUGACAAGAUGCUUGAAGUAUUAGGCAUGAGGAAAGACGUUCAGGAGAUAUUCAAGAUGACGCCACACGAGAAACAAGUCAUGAUGUUCAGCGCAACCUUGGGGAAGGAAUCCCGUCUUGUCUGCAAGAGGUUUAUGCAGGAUCCGUUAGAGGUUUUUGUAGAUGACUGUUCAAAGUUGACCUUGCAUGGCCUUCGUCAGUUUUAUGUCAAGGUCACAGAGAAGGAGAAGAACAGACAACUUAUGACGCUACUCGAUGCUCUGGAAUUUAAUCAGGUGAUCAUCUUCGUCAAGUCCGUUCAGAGAUGCAUGACCCUGGCACAACUGUUGUUGGAACAGAACUUCCCGGCGAUAACCAUUCAUAGUGCCAUGAAGCAAGAGGAAAGGUUAUCUCGGUACAAACAGUUUAAGGAAUUCGAGAAGCGCCUCUUGGUGUCCACAAAUCUGUUUGGUCGAGGAAUGGAUAUUGUUGGUGUUAACAUAGUCUUUAACUACGAUAUGGCUGAGGACUCUGACACCUUCCUCCAUAGGGUGGCUAGAGCUGGGAGAUUUGGCACGAAAGGCAUGGCAAUUACCUUCAUCUCCAACGAAAUGGAGGCUGCCAUUAUGAAUGAAGUACAGGAAAGAUUCGAGGUCAAUGUACCGGUCUUACCUGAUGAAAUCGACACGUCCUCAUACCUACCGCGAAAAUGAGGAGUAACUGACUGAAACAAGAUGGCCGCUGCAAUGCGACUUGGAAAGAAUAUAAAGAUCAACUUUUUAAACUGAAUUUUUGUAUCUGAUCAUCAGUGAACUGUGAUAACGUAAUGUGUGUUAGAUCUGA